AGAUGAGUUAAACAGAGUUGACCAACAGCAGAUGUUAGAUCAUAUAGAUGAGUUAAACAGAGUUGACCAACAGCAGAUGUUAGAUCAUAUAGAUGAGUUAAACAGAGAUGACCAACAGCCCAUGUUUGAUCAUAUUAAUGAGUUGAAUAGAGUUGACCAACAGCAAAUGUUAGAUCAUAUAGAUGAGUUAAACAGAGAUGACCAACAGCCAAUGUUUGAUCAUAUUAAUGAGUUGAAUAGAGUUGACCAACAGCAAAUGUUAGAUCAUAUAGAUGAGUUAAACAGAGAUGACCAACAGCCAAUGUUUGAUCAUAUUAAUGAGUUGAAUAGAGUUGACCAACAGCACAUGUUAGAUCAUAUUGACCAGUUAAAUAGAGAUGACAAGCGGUCAGGAUUAGAUCAUAGAGAUGAUGUGAAUAGAGUUGACCAAAAGCCAAUAUUAGAUUAUAGCGAUGAUUUGAGCAGAGUUGACCGACAGCCAGAAUUAAAUUUUAGCGUUGAUUUAAAUAGAGUCGUCCAACAGCCAAUAUUAGAUCAUUAUGAUGAGUUGAAUAGAAUUCACCAACAGAAUAUGUUAGAUCACAUUGAUGAAUUUAAUAGAGUUGAACAACAGCCAAUGAUAGAUCAUAGUGACGAGUUAAAUAGAGUUGACAAACAGACAAUAUUAAAUCAUAUUGUUGUGUUGAAUAGAGUUGAGGAACAACCAAUAAUGAAUCAUAGCGAUAACUUAAAUAGAGUUGACCAACAGCCAGUGUUCGAUCAUAGCAAUCAUUUGAAUAGAGUUGACCCACAACCAAUAGUACAUCAAACCAGUGGGUUAAGUAUGAAUGAUCAACAAGCUUGCUUGUUUAAUUGUAGUGAACAUUGUGGAACCUUGCCAAAAUCUCCUUGCCGUGUACCUUAUAAAGCCAGACUUUGCAAAAAGCUAAACAUGCUUUACAAAGGAACUUUUAAACAAAACCCGGAGCAGCUAGGCCCUAAAAAGUGUGUGGGGAAAGCCCAUCUGGUCUGCUUUGAUCAGUGUGAAGAAAAGGAAAAUGACGGUGUGGAGAAAGAUUUGAUUUAUUGCGAACAAGAUGGUGUGCAAUUAUGCAAAGACAAGUGUGAUUUAUCAUCUACUGUUGAUAGAUCAAGCGUGAAGAGCAGAACUCAUCGUACCAAACAAGAACUUCGGGAAGAUGGAAAGGAAUCGUCUUUACCACACAGCCAUAGAACACGAAAUGAAAACAAAGAAUGCGAAGAAAACAUUUUGAGGGAUCUUUUAAACGGGAUACACUUACGAAUACAACCACAAGAACUGCAAGUGUACAUGGUUCCGGGGAUCAAUCUGCCCCACCCGAGCGUGGUUUGUGGUAUGUUGUGGCAUAUGUUUAAACGAGAAGUCAAUAGGAUAAGAACGUUUGCCAGAUAUCCUGUCAGCGCGUCAAAAUCCUCGCUUCUGCUGGCCAGCGAAGGUUUCAUUUAUAUCGGAGCUGGCGGGAAUUUAGAUGACCACGUGAUUUGUUAUUUCUGCUGUAGACAGAAGAAGAAGUGGCAGCCGUUAGAUUCCAUAGGCGUCGUACAUAGAGAGUUGUCCCCAGAGUGUCCAAUGAUUACGGGACUUGAUUGUGAAAAUGAACCAAUAGGAACUCAGAGCGCGACCUUAUCCUAUGUAACUAAUGCGAAUACACAAAAAAGUAAUGUAAAUGGAGCGAUGGCUUUACCAAAUGCAUCUAACUUGAUAGAAACAGAUUCUACACUCGAGACAAGUCAGCCGUCUAAUGGAAGAUAUAGACCGCAUCCAGAAAGAACGAAUAGAAUACAGUUGGCAACGCAGAGCCUCCCUAGACCCAUACGGCCAACUGCAGUACCGUUGGUACAACCCACUGUGAACCGCGGAUUUCAAAGUUCAAAUGAGGGAAAUUCAAUUGCAUUACCUUCGAAUUCUUCUUAUAAUAACCUGUCGAGCAUCCCUGCGUUCCCUGAAAUACAGGAUUCAACACAACCCCUUUUAUCACAGUCUCCUUCUGCGCAUGCGUCAAUUUCACAAACCACCCCUAACAUACCCGUACCAGCACAGCGGGGAGAUGCAGCUCCCUCCCUUUCUUUACCCGCCCCAACACCCACUGGGUCAGACGGCCGGGCAAGUUCACAAAAUACAAUCAACACGAAUCAAGAGGUGGUUGCUAGUGGGAUGGCCACCACCCCAGUAGAGACAUUGACAGGUGACGCUGUCCCCAACAGCAGAGGUGGUCAAGCAAACACAACGGGAAAUACGCCAACCAGCAGCGGCAACGCCAAGGGUCCCACAUACUCUGAAUUAGGAAUAAUCACGGAGAGGCCAAAGAGAACCGAGUACGCCCCUAAAAUAAGCCGUCUGCGGACAUUUGAUAACUGGCCUAGAGACCAUCACUUGACCCCUGAGCAGCUUUCAGAAGCCGGAUUUUAUUAUGCGGGUGAGUAUCGCAUACACAUACUUAAAAGUCAUGUCCUAUUCAUAGAUUUCAAUAGUUAUAGUCAACAAUUUGUUUCCUUAUUUGUAUGACAAGCAUAGAGUUAUUGAAACUUACAUAUUUCCAGCUUUUACUAAUAAAUAUGGGGUUAACUAUGCUGAAUUAGAAAAUGCAUCACUACAAGCUGGGCUGGAAGUUAACCCCAAAAAAAUAAAAAUUACAUGACAUAUGAUAAGAGAAGAACAAACAGAUGACGCCAUUAAGGAGACAUCACACUUUUGUAAAAGUAAAUCAAUUUAAAUACUUGGAAUCUUUAAUAAAUAAUAGAAAUAAAUUACUUAAAAAAAUAUUUUUUUUUUAAAAUUAUUGGCCGAAAACAGGGCCUACUUCAUCAAUCAGAAAAUACUGAAAAAGUAAAAAAUAGGAAGGAAAAACAAAGAAAACUGUAUUUAAAACUAAUUAGACCAGUUAUGACAUAAGCAAUUAAAACUUGGAUCCUUACAAAAAAAAGGAAGAAAAACCUAUUAAACACAUGGUAGAGAAAAGUUCUUCGGAAAAUAUAUGGACCAACAAAGGAUGAAUAUGAAAUGGAGAAUACGAACCAACCAGGCGUUGUAUAGACGAUCUCAGGAUCCCACACAAGUAGCAAUAUAUAUAAAAAAGGACAGGCUACGCUGGACAGGAAUCUUAGAGAGAAUGCCAAAUGACAGAGGAGUGAAGAGGGUGCACCACCAAAACCUCAGAUGGAAACGGCUCAAGGGUAGACCUAGGCUUAGAUGGGUGGAUGAGGUAGAAAAUGAUCUACAACAACUGGGAAUCCAAGCAUGGAGAAGAAGAGCAUCAGCCAUGGCUAAGUGGAUGUAAGUGGAGAGUUAGGGCAAAGUCCUACAUGGGCUGUAGCGCCACAAAUCAGACUUUCUGCAUGGUUGUCUGGAUGGAUGUUAACUAUAUUGAAAUUUAUUCUUAACCAGAUUCUAUGACAAGAAAAAAAAACAAUAUUUAAAAAUAAUUAAGUUAAGGCGCCAUUUCCAUUCCAGGCUACGGGGACUGUGCCAGAUGUUUCUACUGUGGAGGUGGCCUGAGAAACUGGGAGGACGAAGAUGACGUGUGGGUGGAGCACGCGAGAUGGUUUCCUAAAUGCGCCUACAUCCGUCAGCAGAUGGGGCAAGUUUUCGUGGACACCGUUCAGGAACUGAACAAACAGUACACCGUGGUAGGUGUUUAGAUUUAAAUAUAAAACAAGUAUUUGGAUGGGAAUGGAGCUGAUAAAAUAUAACGGUAAUUUUCAUGGUAAAGAAUCAUUCAGAACGUUAAAGCUGAACUUUGCAUCUUAUCAACUAAGAUAAAUUGGAUACACAAUUUUAUGGGAAUAGUUGUUCUUUUGCUGCCCUCUCGGAUACUCCUUUUCAGCUAAGUUCUAUUUUUGUUUAAUUUUUAGUUUUUUUUUUUAAUGUUUUUUUUUUUAGACGACGAAGGCUUCCUGCCGACACGUUCGUUGUUUUGUUGCGUUCCUAUUUCAGGUUUUCACAUACUUUGUUUUACUCAUUUCCUAGUUAUUCAAAUGUUCCACAGAUUCCUUACCAGAUGGUGAUAAAUAAAACAGGCCAACCUUCAUUAUACAAUCUUGGUAACCGCAUUUUGUUAAAAUGCUAUGUAUUGCACACAUUAAAAUCAUUUAAAAAUUCUGUUAUGUCUACUGUACAAAUAUGAACAUAAUGUUUCAAACAUAAAAAAAACCCAGUGAAAUAAACAUUCUCAAUAAACUUUUUUUGGUAAAAGAUAAAAUAUGAUUUAUUUUUUCAUGAAAUUUAAAAUGACUUUAAAAAAAAAAAAAAUCCAAUCUUCUUGUAUAUUGUAAAUGAAUUCAAAUAAAUUCUACGUUUAAAAAAAAAAGAAAUUUGAUAUUUAUAUAUUUAGGUAUUAAUUAUUAUAUUAUUUGACCAUAUGAAUAUUCGAUAUUUAAACAAAAAUAAUUUAAAAAAUUGUUUAAAAAAAAAAAAAAAAAAAAAAAAAAAAAAAUUAAUAUUUAAAUAUUUAAGUGUUUUUUAUUAAAUUAUUUUAAAAUAUGAAUAAUUGAAAUUUAAAAAAAAAUAAUUUAAAAAAUUGUUUAAAAAAAAAAAAAAAAAAAAAAAACCAAACAUCUGAAUCUGAUCUGCUGUUAAUAUUUCAGAAUCGAAAGUAAAAAAAAAAAAAUUAAAAAAAUUUUUAAAAAAAAAAAAAAAAAAAAAAAACCAAACAUCUGAAUCUGAUCUGCUGUUAAUAUUUCAGAAUCGAAAGAGUCGCCAUUGAAGAAUGACGCUGCCGUGAAGACUCUGGUUGCCCUGGGUUACGCUGAACACGACGUUCUGUGUGCUGCCAAGUUUGUCAAAGAGGAAUGUGAGUUUAGCGUUAUAACACUGCAUUCGUGUUUUGAAUGUUACCGUGAUUGAGAUUCACACAAACUAUAUGUUAAGAUAUCUUUUUAUUAAAAAAUAAUUCAAUACCAUAUGUGUAUGUGAUUGAUACUUCCGAUCUAAUCGUCAAAGAAGCUUUUUUAUAAACAUGUAUCAUCUUUUUAUAUUAAAAAAAAAAAAAAAAAUUAUAGCUACACUACGGUUCAAAUUUGAAAGAUGGUCAUUGCAGUUGUAAAUUAUUAUUAUUUUUUUUUUAAAAUUAUAUUUGGAUAAAAAAAUUUUUUAAACACUUUAAAAAACUUACUGUUAAAAGGGGUACCUACUUUUUCGAAAUGCUAUACUAUUUUAUAAACAUUGCUUGCAGCAUGAGUUCUACAAACUGUUAUAACACCGCAUAAUUUCGCUUCACUAAUGUCUUUUGUUUUUUUGUUUUUGUUUUUUUUUUCUAUUUUAAUGUACUCUCAUGUUUGAUCAUCUUUGAAACAGUCAGUUUGGUGUCAUCUGAUUCUAUACUGGAAAGAUUAAACAAAGAUAGCUGUCGAAGGGUUAAAGUACCUACAACUAUUGCCCCACUGACAGUGUCAAAUGCAAACGAAACCUUAGGUAACAACAAUUAAAUGAGUUUUUUUUUUCUUUUUAAAUUAACCUUAAAAAGUCAAAUUAAUUUUUUUUUAAACAUGCACUGUGACUAUGUUGAUUUCAAUUAAUAAUUAAUAUUAAAAGCGAUCAGGUUUUCUUUGAAAAGAAUAUUUAACACGGUUUGUUUUCUUGUUUCUUACUAUGCACGCAUCAUAGCAUUUUCCCCAGUUUUGGGGGGUAGAAUUAUAGGUACAUUUUUCUAACAAUAUCUCAAAUAAAAUGAAACAGUAGGGUAAAAAAAUCUAUUAAAAAAUAAAUUACCCCAAAUAGGACAGCUUUAUUUUAUUGAUUUCCUCUUCACAGUUUGAGAUCCCUUUUGCUCUGUUCCUUAUAUGGCCAUCAUCAUGUCUCGUUUCAAAAUUUCUAAAUAUGGAUAGAAUAAGUCCUAGAUUCUGACUAUUCAUCCCUAUGUGUACACGAAAGGUUGGAGAGUAUUUUAUUAGCAUGCGUCAGAUUUCAAAACAGGAAAGGAAACAAGAAGUUAAUUGUUCUAAAAGGGACGUGAUAAAAAGCCAAGAUAUUAAUAAUCUUCAAGAAACGUGGUUCGCAUUCUAAGGGCUUCGUCUAGUAGCAAGAAUAUUUUCUUUCCUUUUUUUUUUCUUAAACCAACAUCUGGCGAUUGAAUUUCCGUUUUGAAUGUUCAACACACUGGUGUAACUUUUUGAUUAGUUUGAACGAUACGGAGUUUAAUUUUAUUUAAACUGUUCUAACAUGAAAUGGAAAAAUGAAAUUCUCUCCCCCCCCCCACACCCCUUUUCCCUCCAACCCCACCCCUUCCCCCAAAAAACCAAAAACAAAAACAAAAAACCCCCAUUAACUUCGUUUAGAGAAUGUGUUUAUGAUGAGAUAAUGUAAGAUAAUAUAAGAUAUGGUAGAUUAGUUGGAGACGGGUGCAAGCUAAUAGCUUUAAAAUUCGCUGUAUGAAGAUAUUUAAAAAAAAAAAAAAAUAAAAGGACCAGAAAAUUGGUUAAAAUUAAAGGCUUCCCCAGUCCGGAGGAAAAGGAAGUACAACUCAAAGCAAAAGUGAAAAAAAAAAAAAAAAAACUGUAUGGACCAGACACUUGGUUAAAAUUAAAGGCUUCCCCUGUCCGGAGGAAAUGUAUGUACAACUCAAAGCGAAAGUGAAAAAAAAAAAAAAAGACGCCCGUCAGAAGGUAGAAGGGUUAUUUUCAAAAAAAAUAUUUUUUUAAUGAAAUGAAUCUGGUGAUAUUGCCAAAGUUGUGACCACCAACUUAUUGAGCAAUCAAGGUUACGCAAAUGGGAAAAGAUACUUUAAUAAAGUGUUGAAACAGAUGCGUCUUUAUUUCUUUUAAUUCUGCUUACAGUUUUUAGUACUUCACAAUACCAUAUAAAGAAUUCUUGGACAAGAUUUGUCAUGUAAAUAGACAAGCUUUAUUAAUAAAUAAACACUGUUUCAAACUCAUUAAAUAUGUUUUUCGGGAAUUCAGUGUAGUGUAUAUUUACUAAACCAUUGACGUUGACACUUGACCCCGGGGGUAUUUAAAAUAAUAGUUUUUUUGUAAAAAUAUUUUUGAGUACAUCAUCUGACGCCACUUAAAUGUUUAUUUUCAAUGGAGGGCUACGCUUAUCGUCAUUGCUGAAACGGUCAAGAGCAUCUGCCCAACACAUUGACAACAGAACACUUUAAGUUCUAAAAGUUUUCAAAAGGGGAGAUAAGACUGGUCAUGAGUACGACGGUGAAAGAAAUGUGUUGAUUUCUAUUCCCAACAGCUUCUCGGGGAGUCAGUCGACUGCAAAGAUUUCUCACUAUCAAUGUUAAGCAACGGUAAUAACUGGAAGGUCAUCAGAUAGGAAAUACAUAGUGUAGGAAUGUCCUACUCGAAGUCCACUGUCCUUCUCAAAGUUCACUGUCCUACGGGAAGUUCACUGUCCCACUCGUAGUUACUUGAACACAUUACAUCCUCUUCGGGGCGCCGAGCUGCCGUCACUGCAGACAGGCGCCGGAGACAAUGGUGCACUGACUAGGCUAGUGCCCAGGACUAAUGAGUGGAAGGGGGGGGGUUGGGAGCACCCAAGACUUCCACGCACAAAGUCUGAUGUACGGCGACGCCCAGAAUAAUCGGCAUCCAUGUAAAUUGUUUGUCGGGGCCAUAAAAAAGAGCAAUACCUCGGGCCCAUAAAUAUGUAUAAAUGGAGAAAAAAAAGAUGACGAUAAAAGAACAUUUUGUUCUAAAAAAUUGUGAUCUGUGCUGAGGCAGAGAGUAUGACAAAACAUCACAGCACAUUUCAACUCCAAGAAUAUGUUCAACCAGUGGUUCUUAACCUUUUUUGGGGGGGGUACCGAACCCCACCAGUUUCAUAUGCGCAUUCACCUAACCCUUCUUAAUAGGAAAAAUAAAAUAUGACUUUUUUUCCUGAUUUUUUUUUUUUUGUUUGAACCUCCGCCGAACCGCUGAGACUGACUCACCGAACCCUUGGGGUUCGAUCGAACCCAGGUUAAGAACCGCUGUGUUAAACAUAUUCUUGAAAUAAACUGUAAUCGGAAGUCAUUGGCGUGUUUGUAGAUAAAUAACGAAUCGUACGCUCUUAAUCGUAAUGAAAAAGACUUCCCGAAACUUCUAAAUAAAAAGGGAAAAAACGUUUAUUCUUUGAUUCUAAUUAAAAUUAAAUAAUCUUUAUUAUUAUUAUUUUUUUUAAAAUAGAAAGAAUGCGAACCUUGAAAGAGAAGAACAACCAGCUCCGCCAACAGACCGUGUGCAAGAUUUGUAUGGACAAAGAGGUCGCCGUCGUGUUCCUGCCCUGUGGUCAUCUGAUAUCGUGUGCUGAGUGCGCUUCUGCCAUGAAGGACUGCCCGGUCUGCAGGAAGCCAGUCAAGGGAGUCGUCAGGGCGUUCAUAAGUUAAAAUAAAUGUAUUCAUUUAAAUAAGUGUAACUGACCGGAAAAAAACUAAAGGCGCAGUUGGGACUUAGCUAGGUGUCAUGCACCUUUAAGGGGUCACGCACCAUUUAGGACCCCCGCACAUUGUAGGUGCCCCACAGCAUUUAAGUCCCCGCACAUUAUAGGCGCCCCAGACCAUUUAGGUCCCCACACACUGUAGGUGCCACACACCCUUUAGGUUCCCGCACACUGUAGGCGCCCCAGACCAUUUAGGUCCCCACACACUGUAGGUGCCACACACCCUUUAGGUCCCCUUCAUAUGAUAGGUGCCCAGGACCUUCUAGGGGGACUUGUGACAAGGAAUUCAUAUUUAAGAGAACAAACAAAAAAAGGGGGAGGGGGUGAAAUUAACUUAACUUAGAGGCCGUCCACCUUUCAGUGGGCCCUCGGAAAGGAA